AUGCAAUCCUUCGAUGCGCAACCCUGUUUGGGGCUCCUGGCAACCGUGCCGGUGCCGGCAGGCUCUUCGUUUACCUCCCCUCCUCCAUCCUCUCUCCUCGUCGCUCCAGAUGCUGCUGACGCUGCUGAGCGCACUAGGGAUAACGGGUCACCUUCAACCUCGCCCUCAGCGUCAGGCUUAACAAGGGAGCAGGGCUCAAUACGAAGGACCAACGCUGUCGCCGUGCUCAAACGCGCGGCGUCGCAGAGGGAGAUGAGGGCGCAUCAUGGACCAGAGCAAACGCAGGGAAAAGGGAAGGAACAGGCCGUGGGACCGGGAGUAGACGCAGGGCCAUGUGUCAGUGCUGGCGCAAACGCGAGCUCAAGUUUGGCGCAGGUGAGGCAGAGCGCCGGACAGAAUGCUUCAUGGCAGGGUGUUGAGGACGAUGGUGACAAUUACAUCUCCCUCGAUCAACCGCAGAAUGAGUAUAGCUACAAUUUGAACAGCUCCUCCGCCUUUUCGCAAGCACCAUCCAUGAACGUCUCCACUACCGCUUAUACAGCAUCCGAGAUGCCCCCCAUGUUAAGCAGAGCUAAUCCAUCACAACAACAGCAGCUGGCAGCGGCACUCAAGCUACAGAUGCAAGUACAACAGUACAUCCAUACCCAGCAGCAAAUCCAGCAGCUACAAGCUUCGUUGCUUGCGCAGGGAAUUCCGCAGCAUGUCGUCGCAGGCACCAUUGUCAAUGCAGGCGUCGGUGCCGGCUCAGGUGUGGCCGAGAAUGGGGAGCGUGCGGAGCAUGGGCAGGACUACGAGGAUGCGGAAGAAGAAGAGGACGAGGACAAGACGGAAGAAGAGGAGGAGAAUGAAGAAGAGAACGAUCAUGAUGAAGGGCAAGAUGCCGAGCAAGCUGGAUACACGCACGAACCACCGAGUGCCUCAAACCAAUUCGCCAGCUUCCCGUUCUUUUCAGGCCAGCCAGUCAGCGGCCUCAACUCUGCCUUCGCACCAAGUUUCCUGUCGCCCAUGCCGCCUGCUGGGAUGCUCUCUCCGACCAGCGUCGGCAUCGGGUUUUCGCAGCACGGCGUGGGCGUUGGGUUCGGUGACUUGAUGAGCAGCCACCAACCUCUUCCCAGUCCAGGUAUGCCUUCGCCGCUUGGCUUGUCAGCGCUGCAGCAGCCCCACAGCCUGCGUCCUCCAGCCUCCAUGUCUCCAUCUGUCCACGCAAUGUCUGCAUCCUUGUCCGGCUCGAGCAGCACAGCGGGCUCGAGUAGCGCGCAUGCGACUCCGUCCACCUGUCGCGACGGCCCUGGCAAUGCAUCCGCAAGCGGCGGCGCAUCGUCAGCAGCGUCAGCACCAGCACCAGCGGCAGCGCGGCACCAGCCGUCGCCGCUUCCGUCCCUCGAGCAGCUGCGCUCGCGCAUCUUGCACGAGCGCCACACGCAGACGCUGCGGCGCUCAGCCUCGACGUCCGCCGCUGCGCACGCCGUCGCGCGCGCGCAUGCGCUCGAGAAGCUCAUGGGCGUGGGGAGUGGUUACUCGCAGCGACGAGCACUCAGUCCGACCGACGAGCUGGAGAAUCGCCGGAACCGCGUGCGCAGGCGGACAAUGCUCGGCCAGGAGAGCGAUGGUGACAGCUGCCAAGAGAACGCGGAAACAAGUGCCGAGGGUGAUUCUUCCGGUGAUUGGCGGAGAGCAUCCCUGAAGUCGGGACAGGGGACUCCAAGCGUUAGCUCCGUCGACAAGCGCACGACGUUCCGCUCGUCCACCUCCUCCCGCAAGCGCCACACUUUCUCCUCGCACCGAAAGUCAUCCAUUCCGGCACCGCGAAGAAAAUCAACGUUGGACGACUCGCCGCCCUCGCUUUCACCGGUGACGCGCGCGUUCUUCCUCCCGCCUCUGGCGGGCCGCCGCUGCGGCGGCGAAGACGAGCCGCAGCACGGCGAGAUCGAUGUGUACGACUUCCGCCCGCGUGAGUCGCAAUAUGGGCUUUCCGCAGAGUCGGACAGCUCGGACGAUCUCGAAGAUGAGGAUGAAAAGGGCGACGAGAUACGGCGCGAGAAGCGCGCGUCGCGAAUGCCGCUGCGGCUGAACAAGCUGAAGCUGCAGAUCCAAACGGAAAGGCCGUCAUUUGGCCUUUCUGGCGACAACGCGCGACCGCUACCCUCGCCGCCUUCUGCCACAAGCGCUUUCGGUGGCAUUGCGCUGAGAAGUGCAUUCUCUUCGGACGGGACUGGCGCAAGUGGCGGCGAGCGUGAGAGCUUGGCAGGUCCCAUGACGCCAGUGGCUGCCGGUGGCAGCGGCCUGCGGAACUUGCCGAGCAGCCCGCAGAGCUCGGCGAGCAAGGCCGUCCGGCCUUUGUUGCGCAGGAGCAAGACGAUCGGAGGGUUGUCCGCCAUGGCGGAGCAGCGGCGGAAGAUGGCGUUCGUGAAUGACCUCAUGAAGUUGCAAGGGGAAGAAGAGCUAGCAGCAGGACGGCUCGAAGUAGAAGACUCCAUCCGUCGGAACGCUAAUGGGGCCACGGACCGUAGUCGUCAAGAGGCACAAUGGGCUGCGUCGGGGGCAUUUACGAACGAUGAGACUGAGCGACAGCACCACGCGCAUACUCCUUCAACAUCUUCAGCUGCCGACAACUUCACGCUCAUCACUGUGCGCAGCCGAGCGGGCAGCCAGAGAGAAGUGGCUCGUGCUCAGCUGCUGCGCAAAUUGAGCGGGAGACGAUUGCCAAAGCAGGGCGUGGAGACUGAAUCUCUACGGCAGCAGGAAGAGACGAGGGAGAUUGCUAUCACUCGUAUGGACCCUGCCAGAGCGUCACCGCCGCUGCCGCCGGCGGAAGCGCAUGCCGCCAAAUUUGGGUCGUCGGGGACCUCCACAACGGCCUCGUCCCGAGCGCGUCCUGCCCACCUCGAACUCCUUUCUUCGAACCCGAGAGGCGCCGCCUCAACCCUCCUCACUCCUUCGUCUGCGCGGACAGGACGCGUCAAUCGUUCCGGCAGCAUUUCUUCCGUGGGCACCUCAUCUGAAGCGCCGACCACCGCCCGACUGAGUCCCGGUUUUGUGGCUGCGCGCAAUCGCGCGAGCGCCAUCGCCCGUUUCACCGGCGAGGACAAUUUCAUGUUUGAGUCGACAUCUGAUCGGGAAUAUGACUACGAAGAAUCCUCCGAGGCUGGCGAUGUAGGACGCAGGGUGCCAAUCCAGGACAUGCGAAGACUAAGCAGACGGAACGAACGCAAGGCAAGCUCAGACUGGUAUGGCGAAAGCACCGAGGAGGACGGGGACGAGGACUACAAUGAAGUGGGUCAUGAUGAUUUCGUGCAAAUGCACUCCGAGCUGCAAGAGGAAGAAGAGGGCAAACGGACGAAAGAGAUUGCUGCGGAUAUAGGGACGGCCAAGACGGCCACGUCGCCUUCCAUCAAUACCGAUCACACAUUCAGCUCCAGGCCAUCUACCUCAGGUGCCAGCUCUAAUCGAGUACUAUCGAUGGAAUCUGUUACGAAUGCCCAGAUCAUGACGGCAAUGCCAGCCAUUUUCCAGCGGCUACACGAGACCGGCUUUGGCUAUCCAGAAUAUCCUAACUCGGUAAGCGUGCCGCUCGGCCUCCACGUCUCUGGUUCGCCAUCUUCGAUUACCAAGCCGGGUCGCGGCGAUUGGCCAAUGUCAAUGUCGUCCUGUGCGGGAAGGAGUUCCAUGGCAGACGAGCUUGCGUCGUCCAAAGACAUGAUGGACUCGGUGGACCAGCAGCCGAUGCCAAACUUUAACGUCCCCGCAGCUUCAAGUGGAACGUUCAGCGAGGCUGUUAAUCACUGGUCUUAUUUGUCGAAUACACAUCCCUCUUAUCAAAUCUCAUUGGCGAACGGGGCGCUGCAUGCUCAAGAAGAUGCCGCCGAGCCCACUCAUGUCGAUGGCGAGAAUCUAACCCAGGUUGACCGGGUUGAGGACACGCUCAAGACAUUCACCGAGGCAAGUGCUGCAAGCCGACAAUCAGGCUCCAGCUCCGGGUCUAGCGCUUUGCCUCCUCGACCAAUCUCCAAAGACAGCUUCAUGACACAGACGAAGGCUAGCAACGAGUUGAGGCAGCCUGCCACCAUUCCGCCGCGGACGACGUCGAACACCAACAGCGGUCUUUCGCCCAUAAAAGAGAAGUUGGCGCUCGAGCCUCCAAGCUCCGUUUCAGCACAGGGUCGGCGAGUGGGUCACUAUUCUCCAACAGAUGAGCGCAGCGCCCUCAACGAAAAGUUGACCCCAUUUCCGGGUCUGAUCGUUGGGGGUGCAACUAUCGUUGGUAACGGGGCCCGACCCAUGACGCGAGCACCAACACCACCCUCGCACAGCUUGCAAAUGGCAACCGAGGAGCGGUCUGCUGUCAUAUCUGCCUCGCCAGAGAAGCCGAAGAAGUCGCUCUUUGGCUCUAUCAGGCGCAAGAACCCUCCAGCUUUGUACCAGCCAGACGAAUCAUUCAGCACGACAGACUCGUCCGUGGAUGCAACAGGGAAGAUUAUCCCAACCGGUUCAAUAGAUGGUGUGUUGUCACCAAAGAUGUCCCCCUUCGCUGAAGAGAACAGAGAGCCAGUGCACACUCCCUCCCCCGCAACCAUGAAGGCAGUCAUCGGUCACCGUCGACUCACAUCUGUAGACUCGAAUGCCUCGGAGGACGGGGGCUCCCCAGCUCCUCUUGACGGCGGCUUCGCAGAUCUCGUCCAUGCAAGGGUAGAGCAUGCAGAAGCACUUGCUCCAGACACUUUUGCGAUGCUGCAUCGCUACAGUCACGUCCUUACACAACAAGCUUCGGGUGUUCCUGGGGUCUCGGCAGCAGCGAUGGAAUCGCCGCCACGGUCCCUCCAGCGUGCUGUGCCUGUUUUUCAGGUCGUAACGACGAGUGGUAUCAAGGAUCGCUUCCUCUUCCUCUUUGAUGAUAUUCUUUUGAUUGCCAAGCCCAUCGCCGCCCCGCCGAAAUCGACCGAUGACGCCGAAGUAUCACCUCUGAAGGCCCUUGGUAUGGCCGACCUUAGCUGGACCUUUUCGACUAAGGCGAUUCUGGAGCUGCGACGAAUCAAGCUGUCCAUCCCUCGCGAUCACGUGGACCAGGCGAAGCCGCAUCCGUUGAUGAAGUCGCUCAUGUCGCGGUUCACGAAUGAUCCGGAAGGCGCAAUAUCCGACGUGAUCACACGUAGUGGUCUGCCAAAGACAAGUUCGACAAUUGCACAGCUUCUCUUGCAAACACCAGACCUCGACAAGGAUUCCCUUGCUGCAUACCUCUGCCAUCCAAAGAAUCGUGCAGUGAUGCAAGCGUAUUUGGCCAACCAUCGUUUCGCCGGUGUCUCCAUCGAGUCGGCACUGCGUGCGCUAUGUCUUGGAAUACGCUUCCCCAAGGAUCCCGGCGCUUUCCACGAGCUCCUUGAGGCUUUUGCGAAAAGGUGGACUGAGACGAAUGCAUCGCUUAUCAAAGCCGAGUUCACCUAUGAGCUCGCUAUUCGACUCGUCUUUGCUAUGGUCACGCUCAAUGAUGCCCUGCAUCAAGGCAAUCCAGCCGUAGACGUGCCAGGCUGUUUCAGCGACUUGAACACAAGUUUCAGCCGAGAAGACUUUGUGUCAGACUUCCGCAGGCAUGAUCCGGCAAGCGUGCUUUCUGAUCAGACGCUGCUCCGCAUCUAUGCCAGCAUCCGGGCGGAGCCAUUAGCGCAAGCCUUAGCCUCUAAAGAAGGGCAACCUUUGCCGGUGAUGCUAUCUGCACCGAUGCCAAGCAAGCUGACAUUCGGUCAGACAUCGCAGCCCAUCACGGUAACCAUUCCGCAUCCCGAUCGGGACUUGGCGAUCAGGAUCUACGGGCAGGAUAUAACGUUCGAUCCGCCGAUCCUCACGUUCAGCCACAGCAACUCGCGGUCAUUUACAAUGACGAGCAAGGUACUAGGCACGCGGCACAUUGUAUUCAUCCGCGCCGGUCGGAACUCGCGCUACUAUGCAGGCACCUACAGCGACAGUGCCACUCAAGCCACGCCAUUGCCAAGGAGUAGCGUCAUUGCGAUCGAGCGAGCGUUUAUGCAACACACGUUCAUCGUGUCCACGUCUUCCUCUAUCUCUACCGGCACCAAGCGGUACAUGUUUAGCGUGGAAGACAAUGGAAAGCGCUCAUUUAUCACGGACGCGCUGACGCAACGUAUCGAGGCGGCGAAGCGUGCGACGAACAGUCCGACUUUCAGCCCGGCUCGAAGAGCGACGGAGGCGAUCGCCAUGCAAGCGCUGCGCGAUGCGUUAGUCGAUGCGGACCCGACAAGCGACCUGAAUACGUCCUUGCAGCGAAGUGCGAGUGCGGGUGCAGCUCAAUCGCUGGCGGCACGCAAAUCACCCACUGCUUCUGCAGCUGCGCUCGCACGCGCCACGUCUUCCUCCGCCGCGCCGCCUCCCGGAGGCUUCGGCGGCGGCUUGCGCGUAGCGACUCUCAAGAACGCCUUUGGCGGAUUUGGCCUUGUUGUGCCAUCGCAGAAACAAGGGUUGGACCGCCAGACUUCGACCAGCAAACAUUACUAUGCGCCUGGUGGAGCUGGCAGCAUGGAGCGUGAGCUGCUGCCGGACAGCAUUUGUGAAGAAGAGGAGAGUGCUGGCCAGGGCCAGUACAGACAACAACACCCGCAGCACCUGCAGCAAAUGCAAGCGCAUCCACAGCAUGGCGCCGGAAGCCUGGCUGUUCCGGGCUCCGCGGAGCCAAGCAAGGUUAAGACUGGUCACGAGAUCGUCACUAUCUGCCAGCAAAAUUCCCUUCUGCCGCUCGUAUUGGGAUAUUUCAAAAAAACUUGA